GCGGGUACUGGGGGGCAGCCGCCCCGGCCCGGGCCCGGAUGGGUGCCUGGGUCUGCAGGUGCCAGGGAGGGAGGAAUGGUUUCAAGUUGCUUAAAUGUCUGAUUAUAGAAGGAGAAAGUGUGCCCUACCUGUUCAGAAAGAAUACGUCCCUGGCUGAUGGCAACCCCAUGCCCAACUCUCCUGACUCCAUGGUGAACCAGUUCCGACUGGAUGAAGAGAAUGAAGAGGAGCAGCAAGGUGCCAUUAAUAAAGACAUCUUUGUUACCGUUGACAACCCAGAGAGCCACAUUUCUGCUAUUGAGACCUUCAUUACGUACAGAGUUGUAACCAGGACCACCUGCAGCGAGUUCGACUCCAGCGAGUAUGAAGUACGGCGACGCUACCAGGACUUCCUGUGGCUCAAAAGCAGAUUGGAGGAGAACUACCCAACUCUGAUCAUCCAUCCUCUCCCAGAGAAGUUUGUGAUGAAGAGCAUGGUGGAGCGCUUCAAUGACGACUUCAUAGAGACCAGGAGGAAAGCACUACACCGCUUCCUCAACCGGAUCGCCGACCACCCCAUCCUGUCCUGCAGCCACCACUUCAAAGUCUUCCUCACUGAAGAGGAGCUGGCUCCUCACAGGAAACUUGGUCCAGGUUUUCUGAGCAGGAUGAGCGAGACCAUGAGGGCCAUGGCCAACUCUGUGCGAGGCCUCAGGAGCAAGCUGGAGGAGUUUGCCGUCAUGCAGGAGUAUGUGGACGACUUCAGCAACAAGAUGUGCUCUGUGGACAAAGUCACCAACAGGAUCAUCAAGGAACAUAGAGAAUACAUGGAUGAGCUGAAGCAGUAUGGUCCUACCUACUUCCAGUGGGCAGAGUCAGAGGAACUCCUGGCAGAACCACUGAAGGGUGUUGGUAGCUGUGUGGAGAGGUGCAGUAAGGAGACAGAGGAGCAGAUCCAACACCUGUCCGAGGUUCUUGUCCCUACCCUGCACGAGUAUGUCCUCUGUGCCGACACUCUGAAGGCUGUAAUGAGACGGAGAGACAACAUCCAGGCUGAGUUCGAAGCAAAGAAUGAGGCCCUGGCCUCAAGAACAACUGACAAAGAAAUGCUUCAGGAGGAGGUAGAUGACCUGGCAGACCGAGUGGAACAGGCCAACAAUGCUUUACGGGGAGACUGGUCCCGCUGGAGGACCAGCAUGAGAGCUGACCUCAAAUCUGCUUUUAUCUCCACCGCUGCCAAGAACGUCGAUUAUUAUGAGAAGUGUCUGGCUGUUUGGGAGUCCUUCCUCCUCUCUCAGAGAGGCGAGUCAAUGGAGCAGAGAAACGGAGCGGACGCCUCCUAAAGCUGAGGACCGAACCACUGGUGGAGACAGUGGGUUAUUUACACAAGCAAACUUUUCAUGUGAAAUAUUUUCUUUCUCUUUGAAAAAACACAACUCAUCCUCCUCUUCAUUCCGCAGAACCAAACACUAAUUCCACACAUAUAGACAGCCAGAAUUAAACACUCUACAGGCAACACUUUGCAUUUUCAUGUUGAAUCACUUUCUAUGAUGUAAUAUGAUGUUUGUGAAUGAAGUGCAGACACAUUUCCCACAGCUGCUCUAUAAUGACCUGUCUUAUGUUUUCCUAAAUGUGCAGCUAAAGCAAACCAGAGUGCUUUGUGGGAUCCCAUUUUAAUCAUUUUCAUUCUGAUUAAAAUGGAGUGAAAAAGUCCAGUUGUGACAUUAAACACUCAUUCUUCCUAAUUAUGCAGCAAUACUUCCUGCGUAGCAGCAGACAGUCAUCCACGGGCCUGCUCUGUUUUUUAAUGGCCUCACUAAAGCCAGAUCAGCUGAAUGGAAAUGUGUGCUCUUGUUUGACUAAAAAUAACUGGAAAAUUAAAUUCUUGUAUAUGCAUUUCUUUUUUUAGAUCAAUACCUAAAGAGAGUGUAACACUACAGAUUGUAAUUUUAAAGACUGGAACUUUGAGAAACAUUACUUCUGGAAUUCUCAUCAAUCAGUGUCUUCUGCCACCAUGGGUUUCUAAUGUCUGCCAUAUUUUGCUGGUUGCAAUUUAAAAUUUACAAGCAAGAUAACCUAUUAGUAAUCUAUUUCUAAUUAAAAAGCUUUGAUUAUGUUUUUUUUUUUUACUUAUGAAAAUUGUACUAUUAAAGAGAAAUGAAUGAAAAAGUGCUGUUUUACCAUGAUAAUAAAGAUUGACAUCAAAACU